UCCAGGUCUGUGGCUGUCUGUCCCCGGCAUGGGAAAGUGGAUUACGGCUCUUCUACAGACGUGAGGACCGCGGUAGAGACUGGAUACGGAGUGAUUGCGCGUGGAUAUUUUCUCUUUAUAAUGAGAAGUAUGGGACCUGAACGCACCGGUUUAAAGCCCUUACUGGGAGUGAAUAAGAUGCCGUGUCGAGGCUAGAGGCAGUGGUGGACUGUUCCAGACUCAGUGGAAAGCCCCUCUAGAUGAGCCAGUCACAGCCACCCAGCUGCAUGGUAAAGGAAUAAGGAUUUAAUAUGUCAACAGAGACCGAGCUCCAGCCUGCUGCCAGACCCAGCGUCAGAAAGGAUUCCAAGAAGAGAGGGCAGGAUCGCAGUGAGGCAGUUCUGAUAAAGCGCUUUAAGGGGGAUGGUGUUCGCUACAAGGCCAAGCUCAUCGGGAUAGAUGAGGUCACUGCUGCAAGAGGAGACAAGCUGUGUCAGGACUCAAUGAUUAAACUCAAGGGAAUCGCAGCCUCUGCGCGGUCUAAAGGAGAACACAAACAGAAAGUUUUUCUCACCGUGUCCUUUGGAGGGAUCAAGAUCUUCGAUGAGAAGUCGGGGGUUCUUCAGCACCAUCAUGCAGUCCAUGAGAUUUCCUACAUCGCCAAGGAUAUCACGGACCACCGAGCCUUUGGUUAUGUGUGUGGAAAAGAGGGAAACCACCGAUUUGUGGCCAUCAAAACUGCUCAGUCUGCUGAGCCAGUGAUCCUUGACCUUCGUGACCUUUUCCAGUUGAUUUAUGAGAUUAAGCAGAGGGAGGAGAUUGAGAAGAAAGCUCAGAAGGACAAGCAAUGUGAACAAGCUGUUUAUCAGACUAUUUUGGAGGAAGACGUGGAGGAUCCUGUGUAUCAGUACAUUGUAUUUGAGGCGGGACACGAGCCCAUCCGUGACCAAUCAGAGGAGAGCAUAUAUCAGGUCCCUACCAGCCAACAAAAGGAGGGAGUUUAUGACGUCCCAAAGCGACAUCCAAAUAUCAACCAGUUAGAGCUUUUUGGAGACAUGUCCACCCCUCCUGAUAUCACCUCCCCAUCUACCCCAGCAUCUCCGGCUAGCACACUGGACCCUACAAUGGCCCACCAGCCUGAACUGUUCACCCCCUUCAACCCUGCCUCUGUGCCCUCAGGUUAUGUGACGAUGGGAGCUGUGACGCCAUCGUGGGCACGGCAACAGUUUGCCACUCAGGCUCCAUUAGCGUUUGGCGUCCAGUCCCCAGUGCAAGUUGCCCAGGUCUUACCGGGUGCUCAGCCUUUGAUCUGGGGCCAAGCCAACCUUUUCCCUACCACUCAGCAACAGUGGGCAGCAAUGGCAGGGGCCCACUUUUCGCCUGCAGCUUUCAUGCCUGCCCAGACAGUUGGACCGCUCCCUGCUGCCAUGUUUCAGACACUGGCCCCGAUGGCAGUGCCCACGUCUUGCGAGAUGCCCACAGCGGCUAUGGGUGGAGCCGUACCGGGAACCUCCGCAUCCAUGGCCUCCAGUCCGCAGCACGGAGAGCGCACACUGCAGAGACAGGCAAAAACGAGCAAGGAGAUGUUUAAGGACUUCCAUAUGGCAAAGCCGCCAGCUAUGCCUGCAAGGAAGAGUGAGCAGCCUAGCCUAUCCUGCACCACAGAUGCUUUCUCCACCUACUUCAGCAAAGUGGGAAUGGCGCAAGACACAGACGAUUGCGAUGACUUUGACAUCUCGCAGAUGAACCUUACACCGGUCACCUCAACCUCACCCUCCACCAACUCACCACCCACCCCAGCCCCUCGGCAGAGUUCUCCAUCAAAGUCCUCAUCCCACGCCAGUGACCCGCCCACCGAUGACUCUUUCGGUGAGGCAGAGGGCAGCCCUAGCCGGAGUGGAGAGGAGGACGCUGCUGGAGAUUCCCAGCAGUCUCUGGGUGCGAGCGAGUCUCGAGCAGAGCCCGAGAGCUCAGAGACGGACAGUCCUCAGGUCGGUAGCUAGAUAGCGGCAGGUUGGGGGGAAGGAUCCUCUUUAUGCCCAGAUCAACAAAGGGAAGAAGUGAAGGAUUAUGGGAACUUUGCACAGACGUGAUCAUCGCUGUGGGAGCAGGAGACCAAGACACUGGAUUCUGAGUUCGAUUCCCUGCCCUGUGUGUGUGUGUGUGUGUGUGUGUGUGUGUGUGUGUGCGCGUGCAAGUGCAUCUAUCUGUAUGUGUGUGAGAGCAAGUGAACCCAUCUACUUGUGUAUGAGUGUGUUAAUUUGUGUUUGUGUGCUGUGACCAGUCACUCCAGCCCCAAUGGUCCUCUUCUCCUAGAAUCAGCCCAAUGCAGCGAGGUCCAACAUAGCCUUCACAUAGCCCUGUCCCCCUCCCCAGACCAACACAACUUCCUCUUUUUCUCCCUGCCAGGAAUGUGACAGACAAACUCUUUGUCUUUCUCUCUUGUUCUUUUUCACCGUGUUUCCUGCACAUGGACUGACAGCGGGGCAUCAGCCAACGUAAUAACACUCCUCAUAGCCUUAUGAGCGCAGCUCUGCAGCCUCUCUCUCUCUUCCAAUCACUGUCUUCAUCCUGCUUCCUGUCUCUGCUAAUUUAGAGACCACGUGAUAUGGGAAACUCUUCCCCCCUCCCCAUUCCUCCAUGCAGAUCAGACCACAGUAAUCGAUCACGAGGUAGUCCAAGUGGAUCCGUCUGUGAAUUAUGUGAUUCAUCCAGUUGGGCUUGUUUGGUAUUCCUCUCCCAUAUAUUUGAGAUUCUGCUGCUAGAAAGCUAUGCAGAGAUAAAAACACAAACUGUAACUUUCUGUGGACCCUUCAGACAGAGAACUGACACAAGGAGCAACUUUUGCCAAAUCUCUUUCACCGGAAAGACUUCGGAGCAGCUUAAUUAGAUUUGGGCAGGGGGCUUGGAAGGUACGAACAUUGCAAAAACAAACUGGAAUCUGUAAUUGAACUGUUCCUUCUCUAUAGCUUUUGUACACUACUAAUGAAAAAAAAAAAACAUGACAUUGAAAUGGAAUUUUUAUUUUAUAAGUCAGUGGAGCCCUUGAAGUCAACUUUAGAUGUGCUUUAGGGGUAAACAUGGCUUGAAAAUAUGAUCGUUGGUUUGCCAAACUCAUUUUGUAAAUAAUAAUAAUUAUUAUUAUUAAUAAUAAUGAUGACAAUGACGAUGAUGACUACAAAUAAUAACAAUGAAUAAUGAAUAAUGGUUCCGAUUUUAACAGUGUUCAUUCCAUCCUACAGACUUCCGUGCCAUAAAAUAGGCUGGCCUUAGUGGUGCAAACUCCUCAUGAAACCCAAGCAAUAUUAACAUUUGUGUCCCAAACUCCUAAACGGUUUGCGUUGCCGUCUCACAGUCACAAGCAUGUUGUCAGUCUCUUGACUGCAGCAGGAUAUGGAGACUGGAGUCUUUUUAAAGUGGCCCGAGACAAACAUGUGAGACUGUUAUUAUGUUUUAAAUGAUUAAAAUGGCCCAGCGUUAAGUAGAUGGUGUCAUAUCUAUGUGCCAUCUGGUUCUAAGUCUGUCCUGAUCUCUUCUGGUUUAUCAAGAGAAAGCUGGUAACUGUGAUGAAGCAAGACUGGGGUUUCUCAGUGUUCAUGCUAAUGCAGCUAUAAUAAAAAUACGCACACAAAUACAAAUUCAUACACUUCAACAGACACAAAUUCACUCAUAGAGACAUUAAAGUCAACAUGAGAUUAAAAUGAACCCUAUAUACUUUCUUGUUACAUGUUUCUGGUCAUAUUGUGCAUGAUUCAUCAGUGCACAUUAUUCCAAAUAAUUUUUUUCUUUUUUUUUUUUUUUCGUUAUCUUUUGUUUUAAUCUGAUCAAUUUUCUCAGCCUCUGAAACAACUUUCCUUUUUUAGGUCACGUCACUUUGGUUAAUAUUCAAAUUGGUUAAUGUUAAUCAAUAGUUUGAUAACCAUUCGGACAUUUAUUUAGGCUACUGUUGUAAGUAAUGCAGCCUUUCUAAAAUGUAGCCAAUAGUUAAUGCAGUAAUUUAAUACUGGUUAACGUUAAUGUAAUAAAGGGUAUGUCACUAAUAUCAAAUAACGAUGGGUUUGAAAAUGAAGCAUUACCAUUGGGAUAUGUUGAGAUGCCAUGAACAACUGCAAAUUUCAAGACUCCAUUAUGGUAUAAAACACUCACAUUUCAGGAUCCAACCAAUUUCCUUUGGAUAAGAUCAAGUUCCACCCUACAUUCUUUAUUUGUUGAAUAUUCUGUUUCACUCAGAUAUACGUCACAUUACAGACGUAAAAUGGGUUAUGAUUGACAUUUCAUGUUGAAUUUAAGGCCUUCUGAUUCCAAAUUAAAACACAAUUGAAUACCAGAAUAUCUGUCUGUAAUCCAACCUUCAAUUAGAGAUUAUCACCAUCAUUAAUGACACCUAUUUUCAUUGCAUCUGUAGACAUUAGAGCAUUUCAUAACUGUGAUGACUUCCUCCUAUUUUAUGGCCAGAGUCCUAUUUUAAUUUGACCUUAAAGAUAUUUAUCUGGAUUUGGGGGAAUAAGGAAAAUCAAGGUGAAUGGGAAUCCUUACCAUUUGAGUUCAUUUUUAUUUUGCCUUUACCUCAGCUAUUGAUUUGGUAAUUUAAAAGGACACAUUAUUUUUAUCUUGAUGAUAACAUCAUUCUACAGUGGAUUUAGAGGUUUUUUUUUCUCUUGAUUUAUGUAACCCACCAUGUAAUACUGUUACCAAUAAACACAUCCCAAAAUG